AGUAGUGGGGAGAAGUUGGAGAGUGAAGGUCCGAGAUCUCUCUGCCGUCUGAUGUAACUUGACUUCUCUCUGAGAACUCUUUACGAAUACAACUGUUAUUACUGAUCAAGUUUUAUCCAUACUUUAUAAUAAAAUUCAGUCUUCAGAUAAAAGUUAUUUUAUCAAUUACAUCUAUCCUUAAUCAUAGUUUAAUUAUUUCAUUAAAUAACAAUCAUAAUCAUCAUCAUCUUAGUAAACAAUAAAUUUAUCCACUGUUUUCAAAUUCAAAAUUUGGUCCCGCGUGACAACGAACUGCCCACUGUCCAGGAGGUGGCGUUAGCUCCGAUCCUAGUAACCUCCCAGGACAUAACAGAUGCUUGGGAAGGGGAACUUUUCGUCCCCAUUCUGGCAGCAGUGGGACAGAUACUUAUGGGACUUGGACUUUACAUUUAGUUAUUCCCUAAUUUACAUCAGUUAUUUUCGAUACACCCGGUAUAUAUCAAUCAUGUGAAUGAAAUUGUGACAAUAAAUGAUAAUACUCUCAACAAUGCAUGUCUGAUAAACUCAAUGCGUUAAAUUGUGUGACAUUAGAAUAAUAUUUGCGAAAGGAUUUAGUCAAAUGAAUCCAUCAGUGGAAUGUACUUUUAGUAGUCAUUAUCAACAAUUUGAUGAUGAAAUAUCAUCAAAUCUGAGUCAAGAAAAUUACAGGACCAGUCCUAAAUAUGGAUCUAUACUGUCUUGCACUUCUUCAGACUAUCAAGCAAAAACAUCUAAUGAAAAUGCUAUUAUACCGGAUUCACAUCAAUUAACACCAAGAGAUGUUGAAAUUGAUGACCUCACCGAAAGUGCAGCUUUUGCAAAACAAACAAUCAAUGAUGCUGAUACACACUGGGAAAUGAAUUAUCAUGAAGCUGCAAUAUUUUUAGAGGAAGGACGAAACAAUGAAAAGUUUGAUUCACAUCCUCGACAUCCAGAAGAUUUACCAGCAUAUCUUUUAGUUCAUAACGAUUGGUAUUAUGGUCUUGAUCUUUCGACUUCUUUACUAUUAUUAGCACUCGCAUUUGUUGAAGAGCCAGCUGUAUCACUUUUUCAAUUGCCAGUUUGGAUGCACGGUUCUAUAGAACUAUUAGCAUUGUUAACAAUUGGUGUGGAAUUAGCGCUGAAAUUAAGAUGGAUUGGUUGGGGUACUAUCUUAAAACAUAAACGAACAACGCUAAAGUGUAUAACACUAGCGAUUAUGUUUCUUGAAGCAGUGAUUGUAGUUAUUCGUCAAUCAUCUCAUUUUCGUGUGACUCGAGCACUUAGACCAAUUUUUUUAGUUGAUACCAAAUAUUGUGGCGGAGUUCGAAGAUUUAUUAGACAAAUUUUGCAAACUCUACCGCCAAUUUUAGAUAUGCUUGGCCUUUUAUUAUUUUUUAUUAUUAUUUAUAUGGUAUUGGGUUAUUUUAUGUUUUCUGAAACAAAUCGUUAUUUUACAACCUUGCAAGACAGCUUCGUUAGUCUCUUUGUUCUAUUGACAACAGCCAAUUUUCCUGAUGUGAUGAUGCCUUCAUUCUCUAAAAGCAAGUGGUAUGCGAUAUAUUUUGUAUCUUAUUUAUCUAUGAUGCUCUAUGUUAUGAUGAAUCUCAUGUUAGCAGUUGUGAAUGAAACAUUUACAUCUGCCGAACGUGAUAAAUUUAAAAAAUUAUUUUUACAUAAACGACAAGCAUGUCAACAUGCAUUCAAACUUCUUGUUUCAAAACAAAAUCCUGAUCAAAUGAAAUUCAAACAAUUUGAGGGAUUAAUGCGUUAUUAUGCCCCGAAAAAAAGUAUGUUAGAUAUUAUUUUAAUGUUUCGUCAUAUGAAUGCUUCUAAUAGUGGUGCUUUAAGUUGUGAAGAAUUCCUUAUGGUUUAUGAUGUAACAACGCUAGAAUGGGAACCACAAUACUCAGGGAUUCCUUGGUAUCAUACAGCUUGGAAACCUUUGCAAAUGCUGUGUUAUGGAGCACAUAUUGCUAUCAGAUGGCCUUAUUUUGAAACUUUUGUCUAUACUACCAUAAUAUUAAAUGGAGUAGCCAUGGUUUUUAGACUCUUGGAAUCGUCAACUGAUCAAGUAGUAUCAGCUCAUAAAUUUGCUGCUGAUUGGGACACACUCGCUUUUGGGGGUUUUUUUGUUACCGAAGCUUUAACAAAAGUUCUUGGGUUAGGAAUUCGGCAAUAUCUUAGUUCUGGAUGGAAUCUCUUUGAUUUAGGAGCAUCGGUAAUGUCAUUAGUUGCGGCUUGUGGCUUAUCAUUAUUUCCAAAUGCAACAUUUUUUGUAAUAUUUCGACCGUUAAGACUUUUGCGAUUAUUUAAAAUAAAAAAACGUUAUCGCGAUGUUUUUGGUACAUUGGUAAUACUUUCGCCAUUAAUGUGUUCCACUGCUAUUGUAAUGCUUAUUCUAUACUAUUUUUUUGCGAUUAUUGGUAUGGAAAUGUUUGCUGGUUAUGAUAUGCGAAAUUGUUGCAUAAAUACAACAGUGGAAGACUUUUACAAAUAUUCAGUAAAUGGAAGUACAACGCUAGGAUAUUAUUAUUUGAAUACAUUUGAUAAUUUAAUGGCAAGUGGAAUGACUUUGUUCGAAUUAACCGUUGUCAAUAAUUGGUUUAUAUUAAUGAAUGCUUAUGCAGUGAUAGUAGGAUUUUAUACUCGAUUUUAUUUCAUGACUUUUUAUUUAGUUACAAUGAUAGUAUUAACAAUUGUCGUUUCAAGUUUUUUGGAAGCAUUUAGAUUUCGAAUACAAUAUAAAAGGUCAACCUCGAAACGUGACGAGGAGAAAAUGUUACAUGAAGAAGUUGAGUUGAAAUGGGAUGAAUUACAAUCAAUAAUUCAAGACUUUCAAAUCUUGGAAAAAUUAAGAUCUUUACUCACCAUAAGUAAUACUACAAGUUAUAUUGGAUCUCGACCUCGUACUCGUGAAGUACUUCAACGAAGAAUGUACACUCAUGAAAUUCACGAAUGGAUUGCUGAAGCAAAACUGGAUGAAAAAACUAACGAAUCUGAGAUAAUAAACAGUUUUGAUGACAUCCGAGUCGAAGAUUCCAGUAUAGAUACAGGACAAAUAAUCGAUAUUAGAGAUGCUUCUCAACAUCAUCGUAAUGGACUAACUACAAGUCCUAUAUAACUGAUAUGAAUUUUUAACCCAUUGAUUUCGAAUGAAAGAAUCCUUAUUCAAAAUAUCCUCAUGAAAAAUAUUAUAUAUUUCUGAAAUAAUUUCACAACGACACCAAAGAGAAGAACUUGAAAUCUAGUAAUUACUUUUUGUUAGGUCGCUAGUACGAUUAGCCCUUUAAUAUUUUAGCGAUCUACGUAACAUAUCGUUACCACUAUUCUAAAAAAACGUAAUCAACGUUGAGAAAAUUUUACAAAAGAGGCGCUGAAAACAGUUUUAAGAAUAUAACGGCUGAGACAAAUUGAAUGAGAACUUAAAUGUGUAAUAAAUAUAUUCAUAGCUAAAUUUUGGAUUUAGUAUUUUACAUUCAGGGCAUCGUGCUAAAGUUUUAGAUUCUAUAAAAGAGAAAUUUUUCCAAACUUGUAGAGUUGCGACUUUUUAGAAUAUUCGUAACGAGAUGGCUUCAUGCAUAAGUAUAUUUUUUUUAAACUAGGAAAACAAUAAUAUUUUUAUUAAAACUUUCUGAAUAUAAAAUUUCAUUCAAGGAAAUUUCAAAUCAGGAUUAGAAGUCCAGAUACUUUUUUUUAUCAAUAGGAAAGAAGUUCAUUUAAGUAAUUCACUUCAUACAUACACAGUUAGAAAUUUUAAGUUUAAUUCAACACAAAUCGUGUGUUCCCAACGGUCUUUACAAAUUUGUAUGUUUCCGCCCAUUAAUUCUUGGAAGGUUCCUAUGUCAGAUCUUGUAGCAAACCUUACAAAAUUAUGUACGUUCUUAUGAGAAACACACAUCCUGAUGAAAAAUGAUUUUAUCUGAUGAUAUAUGAUCAUACAUGGUUAAACAUGGAAUUAUAUAUAAUUAGAUAUGAGUCUAUAUAUAUUUAGAUCUGAUCAGACCUGGCUGAUGAAGGCUAGGUAUAGUCAUAUAUAAGUCUGUAUAGAACCAGAUAUAACUAUAUAUGAGUCUAUAU